GCAUGGUGGUGGUGCGUGGCAGAUGUAACGCCUGCAGUUAUCAGUUCGUAUUUUUUUUUUUUUCCCUCCUUUCAAGGUUUGUUAUGAGCGAGUUAAGACCCCGCCAGCAGACAGCAUAGACACCGUCCGCCAACCGUAAGCUCGGUGAAGAUGCAGUUCAUGGCUCAACUUGAAUGGCCGGCGGCGGUCGGGGCCAGGGGGCUGUCGUGGCUGUGGAAGCGCAGUCGUCGCGUGGCUGUGGCGGCGGUGGUGGUGGUGGCGGUGGUGAAGGUGCGGGCCUACGUCCAGAAACAACAAAGAAGGAAGCGGUGGGAUGCGGCGGGCCAGGAUGUGGUGGUGUUGCACAUGUUCGGGCGCGGGAGACACUUACCUAAUCUGUCUCCAUUCGUGCUCAAGCUGGAGACCUACCUGAGGAUGACCGACAUCAAGUAUGAGAUAGACUACGAGGAACCGAUGGGGUCGAAGGGUAAGUCCCCGUGGAUCACUCUGAACGGAGAGGAUCUGGCGGACUCCCAGUUCGUCAUGGAACAUCUGGCCUCCAAGUUCAACAAGGAUCUCAGCUCCCACUUGAGCCCAGUGGAGAAGGCCACGGCGCACGCCCUCAGGGUCAUGCUGGAGAACAACACCUUGUGGGGUCUGAUAUACUGGCGCUACGUGCAGGACAAAGGCAGGGAGAUACUGAAUGGAAUGCACAUACCCUUCUACCUGAGACUGACCGUAGGAGCGUUUGUCCGGCAAAUUAAGAAGGUUGUCUGGAUGCAGGGGAUGGGACGACACAGUCCACAUGAAAUAGAGUAUCUGUGCAAACAGGAUCUGGCUGCUGUUUCUACACACCUGGGUGACAAGGACUUCCUGAUGGGGGACAAACCAACUGAGGUGGAUUGUGCCAUCUUUGGGUUCCUGUGCCAGAUUAUGUAUGCCUCAGCGAGCUCGCCUUACCUCAAGAUGCUGGAAACUGACUUCCCUAACCUCCGCUCGUACUGCCUGCGUGUUAAGGACAAGUUCUGGCCUGACUGGAACGCUUGUCUUGAGCCAGUGUCAUAACGCCUCCAUCAGGGAUGAGCCCCGUGCCUUCAGUCCUCCUCCAGCAAUUACAGUGGAGCCAUAGGAAGAUGCUGGCAGAUAUGAUUUCUUUCCCUCCAUACAGUCAAUAUAAGUGUAAAUUUUCCCUACCGAUGUGUUUCCUGAAAGAGAAAGAGAAAGAUAGAUCAUUC